CGAGGUCUGCACUCCUCGCUUGUCGCUUCUGUGAGACUCUACCAGCCCACCAUGUCGCAGCGCAAUGGCACGGCCCAGAUCCCGUUCUUCAUUACCGCGGCCAUGAAGGUCGAGCUUAAGCAGCUCGGCUACACGGACGACGACAUCUACCGCAUGCGCGUCGACGAUGCGCACAAGUACGUCAAGAACGGUACGCGCAAGGGCGCGGCGCCGGCCAAGAAGCCGUCGCUCGCCAAGCGCUUCCUCGGCGGCGGCAAUGCGACCGCGACCACCGACGACGCCGACAUGGCGGCCGACAUUCCGCCGUUGGCCAUCGUGGCAGCGGUCGGGCUUGCAUGCUUUAUGGUGUACCUGCACCUCUUUUAAACCCGCCUGUCCUACAUAGAACCACGCUGUACGU